UCACUCUAGCACGGAACACGUGCAAGAAGUUGAAUUCUUUUUCGUUUCUUGAUUUGAGUUUGAUAGCAAAAUGGGAAAGAAAUCAAAAGUUGGAAAAACAAGAAAGGACAAGUUCUACCAGCUAGCCAAGGAGACUGGAUUCCGGUCGCGUGCCGCCUUCAAGUUGAUCCAGCUGAACCGUAAAUUCGGUUUCCUCCAACAGUCGCAAGUAUGCCUCGAUCUGUGUGCCGCUCCCGGCGGUUGGAUGCAGGUGGCCAAACAGAACAUGCCUGUUUCCAGCAUUGUGAUAGGCGUAGAUCUGUUCCCGAUCAGACCCAUCGCAGGAUGCAUCGGCCUGGUGGAGGACAUUACCACUGAGAAGUGUCGUCAGUCGCUGACGAAGGAGCUACAGUCAUGGAAGGCCGACGUGGUGCUGCACGACGGAGCACCCAAUGUGGGACGCAACUGGCUCUACGACGCCUACCAACAGAUAUGCCUGACCCUCAACUCGCUCAAGUUGGCCACCCAGUUCCUGCGCAGCGGCGGCUGGUUUGUGACCAAGGUGUUCCGUUCCAAGGACUACAACGCGCUGCUCUGGGUCCUGAAGCAGCUGUUCAAGAAGGUCCAUGCCACCAAGCCGAGUGCUUCCCGUAAGGAGUCUGCCGAGAUAUUCGUCGUCUGCCAGGGCUACUUGGCACCCAACCACAUCGAUCACCGCCUGCUGGACCCCAAGUACGUGUUCGAGGAGCUCGACCUGGAACCCAAGGCGAAGAACAGCCUGUUGCAUCCGGAUAAGCAGAAGCGCAUCAAAGCCGAGGGCUACACUGAAAAGGAGGUUGCCCUGCGUAAUGAACUGUCCGCACUGGAGUUCAUGAAGGCAGAGAAUGCCUUGGCUGCCCUCCAAGAAGUGGGAUCUGUGGUCAUCGACGACGAACGCAUUGCCAGUCACAAGAAGACCACAAAGGAGAUCUUGGAGUGCUGCAAGGAUAUAAAGGUUCUGGGCCGCAAGGACAUCAAGGGCCUCAUACAGUGGUGGAAGACAGUCAGGGAGAGCUUGGGCUUCCAGGAGAAGAAGCUGGACAAGACCCCCAUCGAGGAGGAGGCGGUGAAGCCGCUGACUCAAGCCGGAGUUGAAGACAUGGAGGAUGCCGAGCUGCAGCAGCAGAUUACUGAGCUCAAGGAUGAGGAACUGAAGGAGCUGAAGCGGAAGAAGAAGAAAACCCUCAAGAUUAAGUCAAAGUUGCACGAAAAGAUGAACCUCAACAUGCUGAUCAAGGGGGACGAUGGCCCGGUCGAGGAGGCCGAGCACGAGAUCUUUGACCUCAAGGGCAUCCGUACAGAUGAGGAGCUCACGAAUAUGCUAGAUGUGGAGCCCGACUUCGCCCUGAAUGAUGAUCCUGUGGAGCAGCCCAAGCUGGACAAGUACAAGCGGUACGACAAGGACGACAAGCGGCUGGACGACGAUGCCAACUAUGAGAACGACGACGACGAGGAGGAUGAAGCCAGCGACAGCGAUGAGGACGACGAGAAUCUGGGAAAACGUGGCCUGGACCUGAGCGACGACGAGGAUGGGGGCGCCAAGAAGGGCAAAAAGAAGCAACGCACAGACAAUCCUCUGAUCAAGUCCAGCGAUUUUCGCGACAAGAACACCAAGCGGAACCAGCGCGUCCAGCUGUGGUACGAGAAGGACAACCUCCAGAACAUCAAGUCGGACGACGAGGAAGCCAACUUCGAUCUGGACAACCUGACGAAGGAUCUGAACUCGAAGGGCAUCCAGAUAUUGGGCGAGAGCACGCUCACCAACGGUGCGGACCAGGAGAGGGUUCAGGGAAAGAAGGCCAAGCGACGAGCCCGCCAUGCCGUCGACAAGGAGAGCAGCUCCGAGUCCUCCGACUCCGAGGAGGAGGACGCGACCAACGGGGGGGAUUCGGCGGAGGGAAAGGCGAAGAAGGUGCGCCUCACGGAGAACGAGCUGGCUUUGGGGUCGCUGCUGAUUCGCGGCAAGAAGACACGCCGGGACCUGAUCGACGCGUCCUGGAACCGAUACGCCUUCAACGACGAAAACCUUCCCACCUGGUUCGUGCAGGACGAGGCCGAGCACAUGACCAAAACCAACCCGGUGCCCAAGGAGCUGGCCGAUGAGUACGAGCGCAAGAAGUUGGAGCUCAACGCCCGGCCCAUCAAGAAGGUGAUGGAGGCCAAGGCGCGCAAGAAGCGCCGCGCCACCAAGCGCAUGGCCAAGGCCAAGAAGAUGGCCGAGAAGAUCAUGGAGAACGCCGACGCCACCAGCCACGAGAAGGCCAAGCAGCUCAAGAAGGUCUACAAGAAGGCCCAGGAGAAGCGGAAAGAGAUCACCUACGUGGUCGCCAAGAAGCAGUCGGCGUCGCGGCGUGCCCGUCGUCCGGCCGGUGUCAAGGGUCGCUACCGCGUGGUGGAUCCCCGCGAGAAGAAGGACAAACGGUCGCUGGAUGCGAAAAACAAGCGCAACAAGGCCGGCGGUGGCAAGGGGAAGGGGAAGCCCGGCAAGGGAAGAGGAAGGAAAUAAAUGUAAAAAAUUAAUAGAUUUAAAUCUUAAACUAAUAAUAAUAAAGAAAUCAUGUUUAAUACACACA